AUGAACAAUAACUCAUCACCAUCGAUUGAAGUGUUUCUCCAACCACCUUCUCCUACAUUGAACUCUUGCAAAUUACCUUCAGUGAAAUCACUCUUUCCAGUCAAUGAUGAACAUGAACAACAACAACAACAACAACAGCAGCACCUACCAAGUAUUCGAAUAACUCAGGACCGCCAACAUCAAAGAAACGGCAAGAUCAAGCUCAACAUCAUCGAACCAACAAUUGACACUUCAUCUCUCUCAACAAGCCCAAUGUCACCCUAUCAAUCAAGCCCCAUCAUGACUUUUUCAUCUCCUUCUUCAACCACAUCUUCUUUUUGUGGGUCUCCACUGAUUUCACCUACUCAAGAUGGCCCAUUUUUACUACCUCCACCUGACGCUAAUUCCCGUCGUUGCCGCUCUGUGUCAAAUGCCUCUCAAACAUCCUCGCCCUCUGCUUCGCCUUACGCUGCACCCUUCACAUUUCGUUCUCUAUCCGAGCCCCCUACAUUGAAUUUACCUCCUUCCUCUUCAAAUAACGAUGAAGAUGAUGAUGAAGACAAACUCAAACAAGACUCAUAUCAUCAUCCUAUCUUUGGCCCAAAGAGAAAACGUGGUAGACCACCAAACGCUACUCGCCCGGAGACAAAAAAUGGAAGCAAUUGGACAUUCAUCAAGCCUACAGUAUGGGAUGUUAAACAACAGCAACAGCAACAACAACAACAACAACAACAACAACAACAACAACAACAGCGAUCGCCUUCGCCAAAUUCAUUUCAACAAAAUACCCCUCAGUUUUUGACUGAAACCACAGCUGUUAUGGCAGAUGGCAUCAACACAUUUACAAGCACAAAUAUGGACAUGGCUCUGAGUAUACCCAAAAAGAAGAGGGGCCGUAAACCCAAGAAGCAGAUGGCUGGUAAUUCCUGCUUUGUCUGGCGAGAUUUAACAGCACCACGUGGUGCUAAUAAAAAAUCUUUAUUGUCUAAAAAUAAUACAACAUCAACAACAGCAGGAACGUCGAGAACAAGCAACUAA